AUGUCUGACAACCCCUCUCCAGAAUCCUGGGGCCCCAGCCCUGGCCAGACCUCCGGUUCCACCUCCGCCUCGAAUGGCAACGGAACAGCAACUCCUCCAAACGAUGUGGAGAUGAAGAGCUUGCGCCUUGAUCCCCCCAAAGGCUCAAUUCCCUUGGGGGAGGAUAUUAUGCAGUUGGCUCGGAUGGGGGAGAUUGGCACUAUGCAGAAACUCUUUACGGCCAAAAAGUUCACUGCAAACCACCGCGACGAGGAGGGGAUUACACCGCUGCAUUGGGCGGCAAUCAACAAUCAAUAUGCGAUGUGUAGAUUCCUGAUCGACUCCGGAGCCGAUGUCAACGCCAAAGGAGGAGAAUCGGUGGCAACACCAGCCAUGUGGGCUGCCCAACGGUGUCAUUAUUAUAUUGUGAACCUACUGCUCCAGAAUGGAGGGGAUCCUCUACUGACGGACGUCCAAGGAUACAACAUCCUACACCUCGCGACCAUCGAUGGCAACGCUUUCCUAGUCGUGCUGCUUCUACACCAGGAGAUCCCCGUGGACGUUGUUGACCAACAAGGGCAUACUGGACUGAUGUGGGCUGCAUACAAGGGGUAUCCUGCAUGUGUGGAUUUGUUCCUCCGAUGGGGCGCCAAUGCAAACGCCGUGGACGAAGGUGGCUUGACGCCGCUUCACUGGGCGCUGGUCAAGGGAUCGAUGCCCUGUGUCCUGAAGUUGCUUGAAUACGGCACCGACCGCUUCGCAAAAACCCGCGAUGGAAAAUCACCUGCGACUGUGGCGCAGGAGAUGAACACCUUGCGCGUUUGGUACCGCUCGCUCAACGAGCGCGGCUUUGAAUCUGAUGGCACCCAAAAAGUGGUGCCUUUGGGCCUUUCAAGCUUCGUACGCAACAAGAGCAUCAUGGCCAAGUUCUUCUUCCUCUGGCCUUUCUUGAUUAUUCUGAUUGCCAUCUGGAUGCUCAGUAACCUGGCGAUUUUCGUUGCUGUGCCCCUCGUGUUAGUGACAGUCUUCGGGAUGCAGUAUGUUGCACAGCAAUUUGCGAACAAGGGGCCUAUGGAAUAUCGCAUUCUGCAGAAAACACCGUAUCUAGCUGGUGUCUUUGCAGGCACGUUGUUCUGGGUUGGCUUCCGCUAUGCUUUCAAGGUGCUGCCAGCAACUUAUUCGUCGUCGCCGAUUCUGAACAUCUUGUUCGCGGUCUUCUUCUGCUUGACUGCUUAUUUCUACAUCUUUUCCAUGGUCCAGGACCCCGGUUAUGUUCCGAAAGUGAGCAGCAGAAAUCAGCAGAGAGAGAUUGUGAAGGAACUGUUCGACCAGUGGAAGUUCGACGAAGAGAAUUUCUGCAUCCCCUGUAUGACAAGAAAGCCACUCCGGAGCAGGCACUGUCGUCGUUGUGGGCGCUGCGUUGCGAAGCACGAUCACCAUUGCCCGUGGAUUGAUAACUGUGUUGGAUCGAACAAUCUCCGCCAUUUUGUUCUUUAUAUAGUCUCCCUCGAAGUUGGCAUCAUUCUGUUUGUGCAGCUGACUAUUGCCUAUAUCAAUUCUCUACCCGCUCCCACCAAUGCUACCUGCAAUGUUAUCAACGACACAUUGUGUGACUAUGCCUCUCGCGAUCCCUUCACCCUGAUUCUUAAUGUGUGGAUCACCCUCCAGCUGGUCUGGGUCACGAUGCUGUGCGCCGUCCAGCUCGUCCAGAUCUCUCGAAACCAGACAACCUACGAGAACAUGCGAGGCCACCACAUUGACCGGUCCUACCCAAGCUCCCAAGCCUUUGCAUCGGCCAUGACCGCCGGAACCACCUCAAUGGAAGCUGCGGGUCUUUCGGCUUCUGGACAAGGACCCAACCCGGCCCUCCGCGGCCCUCCCCCACACCGACGGAAAAACGGCUGCAUCCAACAAUGGUCAUCUCUUCUCGGAAUCGACGCUUUUUGGACAACCGCCAAGGACGGUCUCCGCGAUGGACCCCAGGCGGCUCGCCCCCGCAACCCCUUCUCCCGCGGUGUCGUCACCAACUGCCGCGACUUUUGGUGUGACCCGGCUCCGCUCUUCGGCAAGCGCCAGACUGGGGCGGCGAUGCUCGGCGGCGAGGUGAUCAACUAUCACGAUAUGUACGAAACCCCAAUGCGCAUGCACACUGGCAACCGGUCCGGCGAGGGACCAGGCUACCGCAGCGUUGCUGGCGAGGACCCCGAACGCAUGGUAUGA